ACUGGCUCAUCUUGACUAAUUCCAAUAUGUCUGAAGUGGCUUCGUAAGCUGACGUCCCAUUAAUUGUUUUUACAUUGAUCUACCCGAGAAGAGGACAAGUACUGAAACACAUUCCACAUGUCACACCAAAGUGGAACAGACGCAGAUGAGGUUUAUGACUAUCUCUUUAAGAUUGUGCUGAUAGGAGAUGCAGGGGUCGGGAAGACGUGUGUGGUCCAAAGAUUUAAGUCGGGGACGUAUACAGAGAAACACGGAAGCACAAUUGGGGUGGAUUUCACCAUGAAAACACUGAUGUUAGACGGGAAAAAGAUAAAGCUCCAGGUUUGGGACACUGCGGGCCAGGAGCGCUUCCGGACAAUAACCCAGAGUUAUUACAGGAGUGCCAAUGGCGUCGUGGUGGCAUAUGAUAUUACGAAGAAGGAAAGUUUUAACAAUGUGUCCCGCUGGUUGGAAGAUGUCAGGAAGUAUGCAGGGGGCAGUAUAGUCAAAAUAUUGAUAGGGAACAAAAGUGACCUUGAAAUGCACAGGGAAAUUCGAUUUGCCAAAGCAAAGGAAUUUGCCAGCAAUAAUGAAAUAAUUGAUGUUGUAGAAACAAGUGCCAAGGAUAAUUCAAAUAUUGAUGAUGUUUUUCUCAAAAUUGCCAAGGAGCUAAAGAAACAACAUGGAGGGGAUGUAACGAUGCAGGACACCCACACAAUUCAAGACUUGAACUCCUCCAGGAGAGUUGGGGGCUGGAGCUGCUGCGGGAGCUGAACAAACCCCGUCGUUACAUCUGUCCAGACACAGUCCAACUUGAAAAAGAUAACAAUAAGUGAGAUCAAUACGGCAUCAUUGGAUCACACGGGAAAUCCCAGCCUGCUUCAGGCAUGAAAAUCAAUCAUUUUGUGAUAUGGAUUGGUAAAGUUGUCUGAUGACACAUUUUAGACUUAUUUUACGAUUUAAGUUGGACCUUGUCUGAACAGGCCCGCUAACUGCAAUCAAUAAGGCAGCACCCCUCUACUGUGAGUGUGGAAUAUCUGGCAUAUUAUCCCCUCCACUCUCAGCUGGUUGUUAUUGCUGUGAAUAACAGGGACAUGUUCAUAAUAAUAAUAAUGUGGGACGAUGUGUUUGUCAUAUGGAAAUGUGUGUUUUUUAUCAGUGGGCGUAUUUAAAGGAGCAUUCAUAUACAGGUGUAGAUAAAAACAGGUUGUUGUUCAAAAACCCAUUACCAGACACCAGGUUGAUUUAUCAGUGUUGGACUAAUGGUCUGAAAGUGUCGUGUGCUCAAAAUAAGUCAAAGAUAACUGGUUGUGGUGAAGGUUUCUUUACUUGGUGUCUGGGACAUGAAUUUCAGAUUUUUCAGUGACGUCACAUGGACCUAAACCUUUUUCACCCAAACUCUGUGCUCUAAUGCACCUUUAGGAAUUCCGAUGUGUUCAUGGGCAAAGGAAGUAAUCAAGACAUUUAUUUUAAGGAAACCCAGUUCUUUCUUUUAUAUUCAUUUAACUAUAUAUUUUGACAAAAAUGUGUUCUAUGUAGGUGGUCCUGACAUGGACCAACAUAUUAAUGGCAUAAUUUGGUGAAGUAACUCGUUACUGUUCCUCUGACAACUGGUGUAGGCGAUAGCUGCAAACAAGAAGAUUACAAACAUUUUAAAAAUCAUGACUGUUUUUAAUUGGACAUAAUAAUUUUUCCACAAACUGAGACAAUUCGUGGGUAUUUUAUGCAAGAGUACAGUACUUCUAAAAUAUCUUUUUCUCUAUUAUCUUAGUCUUAGCUUACCUCAUGUUUUUUUAUCUUGUAUCUACAUUGACUUUUUAUGUAAAGUAUGCAAUAUAUGAUAUCAUUUAGUCUUUGAUAACAGAGGACAUGCAUUCAUGAUUUCACUGUUUAUACAUGCACAUUAUACAUGAAACUAAAAUUUCACGUAUAUCAAUCCAACUCUGCGGAGAUUCUCCCUAAAUGCUAACAGUCUAAAACAGAUUAACACGCCUCCUCUUGUUUCCAGUGUACUAGAAUAAUCACCAGCUUUUCAGUAUUCCACUCAAUGCCAGGAGGGGGUAUGUUAAUUUGUUGUUCAAUUUGUUAAACUGGUUACAUUCAGUGAGAGUACCUGCUGAGUUGGAUUAAACUAUGUAGAUCAAUAGUUUCACUGGGAGCAUGCCCUGUGUUAAGAUUGGAGUCUUGUAUUUUGACCCGUCUGUGGUCUAUGGGGUGUUAAAACUUACGUGGGGGAAUAAUGGAUCACAGCCAUGUUAAGACAAGGAACUAUUUUGGACUGGAAAUUAAUUCAAAUCACCAGCAUAUAAUAAUGUGGAGAGGGUGGUGGUGUUAUAUUAUCAGGUGAUAAGAUGACGUGUUCCUUUUUUUUUUUAAUAAUAGUCCUAGCACCUGUUUCACAAAAUAGCUUAAGUAAAAUGUUGGUCUUAGCAAAGACCAUUAAGAAUUUUAGCCAACUAAAUUCCAUUUUGUUAAGAACCUAAAGGUCUACUUCCCUUUUUUAUGUAAUGACUGUAACUAAACCCUUAUGAAAAGUUGUAAUUGUACUGACAAUGAUUUUUCCCUGUCAGAGAUAGCAGCAGCCCAUUAAGGCACAUUAAACACACAUAAGAAAAGUUGACUUCAUAUAUUCGGCUAUAUAAAUUUUUAUUUUGUUCCAAGUAGCUAAUCAGUCCAAACUUAACCUCAAAACUUUCUUUUUGUGAAACGGGCUGACCUAGUGUGAUAAAAUUAUACUGAGGGUGAAUCUGCUCCCAUAGUCAUAUUUAUACCUGUAGAAAAUGUAGCUCAUGCAUGGGAAUGGAUUUUAUUUGCUUGUUUUGAUUAAAUUUGAAUAUGUUAA